UUAUAAAAGAGCAUCUGAGAGAUUCCUCCUGUUUGACUCUGUUUCGUGAAUUCGGUGACUCCGCGUGACCGUUUUGAGAGAGUGUCCGGAAGCUAAUCUCGGAUUAUCAGGACGAUGGCAGCUUACUCGAGCGUGAACAAUGCGGCCAAGCGGCAGAAACCUGCCGCGGCAGUGCGCGAGAUCACUCCAGCGAGAAGUAGCGGCACUUCUUUCGAAUUUCAGGAGUUCCUCCCCGAUGUAAGCCGAUCGGAGUACCGACCAGAAUUGGAUGUGGAUCAAUCGACAAAUUUUAAAUACUACAAUGCUAGUGAGAAAGUCCAUGGCCGAUCUCUAGAAGAAUGGAUUCGCCCGGCUAUUUCAUUCUAUCACGUCAUCAACGAGUACCAUUCUCGAGGGCCGCGGGCUAGAAGAAUUUUCGAGGACUCAACUCAAAAUUCCUUGGAUGGUUACAAACGGAGGAUCAGAUGUGUGUUUGAACUGGGACAGAAGUUAGGGAUCAAACACUACACCGCUGCAGACUCGGAUUUCGCACCAUUUGGCGAGUCUCUGGAGGAUUUUCACCGAGGUUUGGACGAGAACAUCAAUUUGGUGUUGGAGCUGCAGCAAAAAACUGGAAUCACCCCUUUGUGGAUAAAGCCAAAUUUUGAGACUCACCUCAGGGGAAGUGAACUUCAGGAAGUUAUCCACAGAGGAGCGCAAAUCAAGAAGGCAUUGGAGAUUGCUCAGAAACUUGGAGCAGAAAAUUUUCUCCUCGAUGAAAUUGAGACUUUGGAGCUGUUUUCGGUGACAGAUUUCUCUAAAAACUUCAGGCAGCACGCUCGACUGUUGAAACUUACUGCUGAGUUUCGCGAGCAUGUGGGAUACAGAGGUCAACUUCUCCUGCUUCCAAAUUAUUCCAGCCAAUCAGAAAUCCCGCACCAGGAUGCUGCCUUUGCCUCGAGCGCACUCGCCUUCUUGAAAAAUUAUAAUCUCGACCGUUUGUACAAGCUCAGUGUCCGGUCCGGUUACGAUUUUAAAGUCUCUCUCGCAUACAAUCUCUUCGGAUCUUUAGAGGUAACCAAAGGCAGACUCCCACCAGAACUGCGCGAAGCAACGUUACUAAUGAAGACCCUUAUUGAGCAAGGAGGAUUCCAAACGGGUGGGUUGAACAUUGGUCUAAAAUCAAAUCCAGAGUCGGACCUGAAGGACGUAUUUGUCGGUUACAUCACUGCUUUGGAUGUAUAUGCCAAAGCCCUCAGGGUUGCAGCCAAACUAACUGUUGACGGAAUUUUUACGAACGGCUUGCAGCAACGUUAUUCCGGGUUCCAAACCAACUUCGGAGCCCGAUUCAUGAACGGGGAGCUAUCAUUGGAGGAUGUGAGCGAGCAGGCCAAGCGAACAACGGCCGAGUCCCCCUUGCCGCACGGACCGAACUUCUGGGCUGCAUUUUAUUCACGAAACAGUCUAAAUUUAUGAUCACUCCCUGUAAAAGAAUAUUGUCGUCAUAAUCCAGCACGAAGUAAUUGAUAUCCCCUCAUUUGUAUAAUGCGUCCAAGGGAUGAACCGGCUAUGACCACGAUUGAAACCGAACGCAGUGAACCACAGUGAAUCGAAUCAAUAGGAGAGGUCGGACAAAAUCUGGAAACUUUAAGCGCUUGUAACUCCGUUUAUACAAGACUUUGAGGUUCUGAAGUGACUCUAAUGGUUCCCUCGUGAAAUCGUCUUGAAUUAACACCCCCUAUAAUUUAAAAUGUGACGAAAUAAACAUCAAAAUUUGCAGUUUUAGUCAAAAAUUUCAUGUCCAACCUCUCUGAUCGACUCGAUCCACUAUGCGCAGAUCGAAACAAAAAUAUAAGCUCUCAUUACUAAUUGCAUCUUACUGGUGGCGAUUUUGCAAGUUGGCAACAUUGUUUUUCCUCCACUUAAAACCAUUGAAAAUAUCGAUUUUAGGUGAGGCGACCUGCCUCACCUAAAAUCGAUUGUUUUACAUACAUUUGAAUGUAGGUAAAACAGUGCUGCCAACUUUUAAGAGUCACCACUGAUCCGAGCGUUCAGGGUAAAAUAUUGUCUGAUUAUGAUGAAAUAUAACGCUCUCCGUUGGAGGAAACAUCAACUAAUAAACCACCUACAACUUAAUACUAAGGAUAAGAGAGAAAUUAUUCUCCGAAAAACUAAAAAUUGUGUUUCUUGAAGCGAUUCGAUGAAAAUCCCUUUUCAAAAAUUUUAGCGUGGUGAAUUAAGAACCCUUUUCUUGAAAACGGCCAUAAGUCUUGUAGAGCUACUGUCCUAAGACUGCCAACAGGUUACCCAUCAGGGUCUCAAAGUAAACGCUUGAGCGUGUCCAAUUACCCACGCCUAAAUGCUUGAACCUCUGACGAUCUUAUGAUGGCUACCGAUCGAUGAUAUCGAUAGUGGAAGUGGUUGAACAUGUAUUUUGAUUGUAAUGUUUCAUUCCGCUCAUACUGAAUUUUUAGAGGUACAAUUAUUGAUCGUUUUCCAUAGAUUUGCAGGGAUGGUAAAAAAAGAGUUACACAGAUACAUAACAUUGAUAUUCAUGAAAGUAUAUACUAUGAUGGGAAAUCUAUGAUUUCUAAAAGAUACGUAUCUUUCUAUAGUUUCAACAUGGCGAUCUAGCAUGAUCAACGGUAUUUUUAUAGGGAGUAAAUCAUAAUUACUUACAAAAAGUAAUUUAACUACAUUUUAAUUUUCCGCAAUUGUAUUUUGACCGGAAAUUGGUUGGCUAUUCUGACUCAAUCAAGUACAUUUCCUUUUGAUCACACGAAGAAAUCAGUGAAUGUUGGACAGAAACUGCAGUCAUUUUCCCGUAAGAAAUUGAAUGGAUUGAGUAGAUUUUGCAACAAUGGAAUGGAAUUACGUUACCCUGUCUAGGAGACGACAAAAUGAUACGUAAAUAUGUACGAAAUGAUACGAAAAUAUGUAUCUUAGAAUAACACUUUUGAACUUCAUGUUGCAUGCAGGUACCUUUGUUGGCCUAUGUCUAAAAAUGAAAUAAAAAUUCUUGUCGCUUCGUAAUUCUUUAUUUGGGAAAUAAAUGACUAAUAAAACAUGAUUAUCCCAACA